AUGUCAAAGAAGAAACAGUGUGAGCAGCCAGACAAGUAUCUGUGGCAUGUCAUCCUACUCUCUGGAGAAAAUCCGGAGGAAGAUCGACAGGUCAAAAUGCCUGUCUCGCUGACCGAGACCACAUGUCGAUUUCAGGAACGAGGUGCAUUGGGCGCUUCAAUGCCUCAACUCACCGGUUCAUAG